CCCGAGCUGGUGAUGUGUCCAACGUCACAUGUUCCAACUCAGCGCGAGAGCCGCGGGUGAGGUUGUAACGGCUGCGUCACGAGCAGGAGGAGUGAUUCGCGCUUCGGUGAAAACCCUCCGCAGCUCGAGAGAGGCAGGAGCCUGUGGGAGGGAGUCGGACGAGCCGGAGAAACACAAGCGAGAGGACGGCGUUAACGAAACCGCGUUCAUUUAUUAGAAAUACAGCGAGCCCGUUGAAAAGCGAGUGCUUAGAGGUCUUCCUAACUGUUUAAAACCCCACACGAAGGGGUUCACCAAGCCAGCGAGGAUGUUCGUUUCUGUGGGAAGAUGAUGAAAGAGGUUUUGUUGGUGUGCCUGAUUCUCUCGGUCUUGUGCUGGUACACCAGUCGACAUGUGUGUUGUUCGGAAGAGGGCUCUACAGCCUCAGCACAGUUUGCACAGGAUAGCGGACCCCAGGCAAAACAUGAGGAGAACAUUGACUCAAAGGGUGCAGAUGAUGGGUCCACAGAGAUCCAGUCAUCCUAUGACGUUGGAUUGAGAGCAGAACAAUCUUUGCAAAUACACACUUUAGCAGAAGACUGCACAAAAGAUGAAGGGCAGGAGCAGAAUGUGAAAGCAGAUGAGCCACAACCAGAGCCAGAGCCUGCUUCUUUAUCUGAAUCUGUGACUGAGGCAGAGCCUGCUUCUUUAUCUGGAUCUGUGACUGAGGCAGAGCAUGCUUCUUUAUCUGAAUCUGUGACUGAGGCAGAGCAUGCUUCUUUAUCUGAAUCUGUGACUGAGCCAGAGCCAGAACCUACAGCCAGUCUGUAUGAAGCUACUUCUAGUGCUUCCUCUACAACUGAUAACAUUUCCAGCACACCUACCUCGGAGAUCCCUCCUGUUACUCAGCCAAGUGCAAUAGAGAAUUCCAGUGCCGAUACCCUUGUAGGCAGCUCUAAUGAAGCUGAGCAGUCAGCUGCUGACUGUGAGGCUGGAGGGACCCCUGUGGCGGCCCCUCAUAGCGAGCCCCCCUCCUUUGGCAGGCUACCCACCAGCAGCCUCUCGGAAGAGCUUGUGGAGAACAUCUCCAGCCCUCCUGCCAGGGAAAGGGGGACCAAGACAGACCUGGACCCGAAACUCACGAGAGUGGGCAAGGAGACGAGCAGGGACCACAGCUCUAACACUUCUCACGAAAUCAAGAACGUGGACCCUCGUAAAGUUGGCGAGAUAGACCCCACUGCUGUCCAGCCCAGCAAAGACCCAGAGGAUAUUCCCACGUUUGACGAGUGGAAGAAGAAAGUUCUGGAGGUGGAAAAGGAAAAGAGUCAGUCCAUGCACCCCUCCUCCAAUGGGAGCCCACACAUUGUAAAGAAAGUACAGAAGAACUUCAAUAACUACGCCUCUGUGGAGUGUGGGGCCAAAAUCCUAGCAGCCAACACAGAAGCAAAGAGCACUUCAGCUAUAUUGAUGGAAAACAUGGACCUGUAUAUGUUAAACCCCUGCAGCACUAAGAUAUGGUUUGUAAUUGAACUCUGUGAGCCGAUUCAAGUGAAGCAGCUGGACAUCGCAAACUUCGAGCUGUUUUCAUCCACUCCAAAGGACUUCCUCGUCUCCAUCAGUGACCGGUACCCAACCAAUAAAUGGGUUAAACUGGGUACUUUCCACGGCCGAGAUGAGAGAACAGUGCAGACUUUUCCACUGGAUGAGCAGCUCUAUGCUAAAUAUGUCAAGAUGUUCAUCAAGUACAUAAAGGUGGAACUGCUCUCCCAUUUUGGAUCUGAACACUUCUGUCCACUUAGCCUCAUUCGGGUGUUUGGGACCAGCAUGGUGGAGGAGUAUGAAGAGAUCGCAGAGUUGCAGUACCCGUCCGAGCGGAUGGAAUAUCUGGAUGAAGAUUAUGAUUACCCUCCAGGCUAUGUGCCACAGGAAGACAAAUCUUCCAAGGACCUGCUUGGCUCCGCCACAAAUGCUAUCUUGAAUAUGGUAAACAUAGCUGCCAAUAUGCUGGGGGCAAAAUCGGAAUUGGAGGCAGCUCAGAGAGAAGGAAACCUAUCUGGUGAAGCCUUGAAUAUGACAGGAACAUCUGAGGCAUCCCAGCCUAUUCCCAUCUCUCCUCCAGUGCUGGAGAGCCCCCCGGUUUCCAGUGAAGACACUGAGGAGGAGGCAGUGCCCACACUGGCCCCCCAGGAGGAGAGCCUGAUCGUGCAGCUGGUGCAGGAGGAGGAGGAGGAACCCAGCCAGUCUACAGUCACUCUCCUGGAGGGAGAGGAAGAGGAGGAAGAGGAGGAGGAGGGGGCUGCAGACAGGCAGGGCUUCUACCAGCUGGACAGCCUCACAUACUGUGGGGAGACCACCAACUUCUCCUGUGUGGCCAGCUUCUCGGAGUACGUGCUCCAGCGGUGCACCGUCGCCGUGGCUAUUCAGCGGCAGCGAUGUGGAGCCGCAGGCCAGCAGGAGCUGGAGCCGGGCUCCUCCACGAAGCACCAAGAGACCCCACUGCCCAUUCCUGAGCAGCAGCAAGAGACCCUGCUGGUCAUCCCUGAGCACAGCGAGACACAGGAGCCUGCUAAAGAGGAGCUGCCACCGCCUAGCGAAUUCCAAUCCAUCCUCGUCGAGCGGGACAUUAAAACUACCCCUACAGUCUCCCAGCAACAGGACGUUCGGCACUCGGAGACCACAGUGGAGCAGACUGCAGAGCCCGUUGAUCUGGAACCCAGCCAGUUCUCCUCUCUGCCUCAGGGUAUCAUCUCUGAUAUCCCCCACGUGAAGGUAACCCCUACAGAGGAGAUACCAGACUCCUGCACUGUAGACCUGCUUGAACAGACCCCACUGCACCUCGAAAACACCCCUGAACCACAGGCUGAGACUGGGAAGAAAAUCGCAGUCAGCAGCACUGCAGAGGAGCCAGCCCCGAGCUCUGAAGCUGAACCCCCCAGCGAGGAGAAGCCCAGUCCCACCCUCGGAGAGCACACGGACACCCCCCAGACCCUCACUAACCCCACAGAAACAGUGCCCCCAAUGGAGCUCGGGGCCUCUGCUGUGAAUACAGAGGCUGUGGUUGGCAAAGGGACCCCAGAAGAGCCGUCUGUCUCGGUGGAGCCUCCUGAACCCCCCGUUAUGCUGGAAGUGAAAGGAGACAAGCAGUCCCCUGAGGACAUCCUCCUCACAGUCCCCUCCUCCAAUGGCCAGCUCCAAAGGACCGCCACUGACUUCUACGCUGAGCUGCAGAACUCCACUGAUCUGGGGUACACCAACGGCAACCAGGUGCACGGCUCCAACCAGAAGGAGUCUGUCUUCAUGAGGCUCAACAACCGCAUCAAGGCUCUGGAGAUGAACAUGUCCCUGAGCAGCCGCUACCUGGAGGAGCUCAGCCAGAGGUAUCGGAAGCAAAUGGAAGAAAUGCAGAGGGCUUUCAACAAGACCGUAAUCAAACUCCAGAACACCUCCAGGAUAGCAGAGGAGCAGGACCAGCGGCAAACAGAAUCUAUCCAGUCGCUGCAGAGCCAGCUGAAAAACAUGACUCAGCUCGUCCUGAACCUGUCUGUCACGGUGGGGCAGCUCCAGAGAGAGGUCUCGGAUCGUCAAAGCUACCUUGUCAUCGCGCUGGUGCUGUGUGUGUGCCUGGGCCUGCUGCUGUGUGUCCAGCGCUGUGGGAGCAGCUCCCCGGCACAGGAGGUCUUCUCUUUACCAGUCCCCAAGAGCAACCACUACCCCAGCCCCAAGAGGUGCUUUUCUUCAUACGAUGACAUGAGCCUCAAGAGGAGGAUAUCUUGCCCCCUUGUUCGUUCCAAGUCAUUCCAGUUACCUGCUUCAGAAGUAGGUCCUGAUGACUUGUACAUUGUAGAACCUCUAAGGUUUUCACCAGAAAAUAAAAAGAAAAAACGUUGCAAAAUGAAGGUGGAUACUCUGAAGCCCUCCGUCCCCGCACCGCCAGUAGCUAACGGAGGAGUGAAGAGCAACGGCCCUCUGCAGAGCCACAGCGCCUUCCUGCCGUCAGGGGAGGUGUGUACAUCCUCCUACAAGGGCCCCCCCUCCGAGGGCAGCUCCGAGGGCUCCUCGCACUCCGAAGAGUCCUACUUCUGCGGCAUCUCCUCCUGCACUCGCCUCUGCAACGACCAGCCGCCACCCAAGACCAAGACCGAGAAGAGAGCCUUCAAGCGCCGGCGCUCCAAGAUGGACCCGGGGAAGUACAUGGCAGGGCUGAUACAGACUAAAACAGGGUCCGUGCCCAGCAUGCAGGACUUCAUGAAGGGAAACAAGGAGAUGAGCGUGGGGACGUUCGGGGUCACAGCCGUGUCGGGGCAUGUCUGAGACCCGUCUAAACAAACACUCCUCCUCCCCAUGGGGCAGGGCCAUGCUUUACUCCCCACUGAUCUGUUCAUGCAGAAGUGGCUGGGGGUGGAAACACAGAGACGCUGUUCCUGCCUGUGUUUACGUUGAAUUCAGACUCUUGGGAGGUGCACCCAGUGUUUACUGGGAGUGGGGGGCAGGGAGUGGAACCCUGUUUGUUAGUGGGAACCCCCCCAACCCAACCCCCCCACUCCCCCCACCCCCCUUCUCUCAGAGUUCGUUCCCUUGUUCUCACACCUUUCCUUGUUUAUGUGCCUUUUGUCUAUUUAGAAACAAAAAACCUUUCUUGUACAGAGAGCAAAACAUGUACAUUUAGGGGUUAGCAGUUUAUGCUAGAAGAGUUUUUAUACCAGACUAGCGGCUUUCACUGUCGAGCUCCGCGGGUAGCGUUCCAUCAUCUCCCUGGUUUUACUGAAGGAGGGAAGGCAGUUUGUGUGCUCCAGGGUGUGUUCCGGAGCCCUCCUGUUUGCAGUGCUGCUAGGAUAUCAGAUGUGGCUAGCUGUGACACAGUGUUGUGCUGCAGCAGUCCAAGCAAUUUGCUUUUCGUAGUUCUUGUUCAGUUUACUGUUUUUGUUCAGUGUUUUGAAUUUGUUUGGUUUGAAUGGUAUAACACUACACAGCACAGUCAGCUGUGGGACCAGGUGGCUGUCGCUGCAUGUGGAAAUCCCCAGGUAUCUAAAGCAGCCCGCACACCGAAGGAUUGACUGAAUUCAUUGCAAUUCAUCUGGAUUACAGCCAGGUUCGUGAGUUGUUUUUUUUUUUUAACUGGAAUCCAUGUCAGUGUUUCAGUAAUAUUGUCAGCUGGUACUUCUUCCCUUUGUACCUAGUUUCCUCCCCAAGCCAGUGCUAGUUUCGAAGUCUGAGGGGUUACUUAAACCUGUUGCAAUAAUUACUGAAGACCAAACUGCAGUCAGAAAUGACUGUUGGAAAUUCAUGAGCUGAAAUGUAUUUUGUGAUUUGGUGGGGAACGUGUUUUAUUUGUGACGUGUGCACGUCCUGUGGACUAGUUUUUCCAGCUGCUCUUUCAGGACACCUACAGUCCCAGUCAUCAUGUUGAAGCUGUGUGGUAGAGCCUGCUGCUGGGAGCCACAGAGUAUCCCUCUGCUGCUAAUCUAUUUAUUUAUUUAUGUGUUAAAGUACUUUUAAACAGAUAAUAUACACCCCUACAUUUAAUGAGUGGCAAGGUUUCUAAAGGGAGGCUUGUUCCCCUUGCAUUGUGUUGUCCUGGAGUCGGUGCUGUGUGAAUCAGUUUGAAACCGUAAAUGCAGGGGUUCACCUGUCACUGCUCAGUGAUGGGUGUCUCCCUGGGAGAGCCUGAGAGACAGCAGAGCUAUUGCGGUUCAGUCUGGGGCUCCUGAUCAGCGAUGUUUGUAAAGAACUGCCCCGAAGUACAAGAAGGUUCAAUUGUAAGUUUUCCCCCAAAGGCUGCCCUAGUUUCUAAUCAGGGGUCACUCCCUGAGCAGGGGAGAGUUUAAAUCUGGAGAGGAGCUGUGAACGACAUCUGGACAGCUGAAUCACACAGCACUACAGACAGGGCUCCACGCGCAGCACUGCUGCAGGCUGGCCGGCCCUACAGACAGGGCUCCACGCGCAGCACUGCUGCAGGCUGGACGGCGCUACAGACAGGGCUCCACGGGCAGCAGUGUUACCAGACUUUUAUUUGUAUUUAUUUAUUUAUUUGAUCUUUGUUCCCUCUUUCUAAAAUUGGGGCUUAAGAGGCCAUUCAGAGUGGGUUUACAAUACAAGGAGUAUCGACUGGUAUUCCAGCUAAUGAACCAAGCAGAGACAAGUGAGCUUUUUAUUUCAGUACGGUACAUCUACACCCUGCGGGGUUAGACUCGGAAAAUACAUUGUGAACACAGUAAGCUGGAGUAAGUGUGUGUGACGCAGAGAGAGGGUGGGUGUGUGUGACGCAGAGAGAGGGUGGGUGUGUGUGACGCAGAGAGAGGGUGGGUGUGUGUGUGUGUGACGCAGAGAGGGUGUGUGUGUGUGUGCCGCAGAGAGAGGGUGUGUGUGUGUGUGCCGCAGAGAGAGGGUGUGUGUGUGUGACGCAGAGAGAGGGUGUGUGUGUGUGUGACGCAGAGAGAGGGUGUGUGUGUGUGUGACGCAGAGAGAGGGUGUGUGUGUGUGUGACGCAGAGAGAGGGUGUGUGUGUGUGUGACGCAGAGAGAGGGUGUGUGUGUGUGUGACGCAGAGAGAGGGUGUGUGUGUGUGACGCAGAGAGAGGGUGUGUGUGUGUGACGCAGAGAGAGGGGGUGUGUGUGUGACGCAGAGAGAGGGGGUGUGUGUGUGACGCAGAGAGAGGGGGUGUGUGUGUGUGUGUGACGCACAGAGAGGGUGUGUGUGUGUGACGCAGAGAGAGGGUGUGUGUGUGUGUGCGACAGAGAGGGUGUGUGCUGUGCAGUCCUGAAUGUUUUAUAAAUUGAAUGUGCUGAAGCGGCUGUGGGAGUUGAUGGGUUUGUUUCGUGUAGAGAAUAUAAAAGAUUAUGCGCUUGUUAAGUUUAAGUUCUUGUUCAGUGCACUUUUGUAACUUGUGAUGCCUUUCUGUUUUCUGCUAUACCUUGUAUGUAAAGUGACUUACUGCUUUGCCAGGUUUUGUCUUGAGCCUCAGUCUGAUGGGAUGGGGGGGGGUCUUUCUCUCCAGGCCAGUUUGUUUCUGUUGUCUGAGGUUUUGCUGCACAGUAUUGUGGAACAGGAGUGAAAUGGAACUACAGAGAUGUAGUGCUGUUAAACUGUGAAUUUCUAAAUAAAACUGAACACUUCAUUGUCUACGA